GCACCAAUUUACACUUAAAUUAUAUAUAAUAGAGUUGUAUUAGUAAAAAAUGAACGUAAUGAGUUCGUGUCGCUGUUGCCUGCGGUUUCCCGCGGACAAGGACCUCACUACGCCGUACACGCACCUCGGCAAGACGGAGAUUUACGCCGAUAUGCUCAAGGAAUGCUUCGAUUUACAUUUGUGGGUGAGCUCAUCCAUUUUCCGCGGGAUCUGCUCGGGCUGCGUGGGCCGCCUGCGGGACGCCAGCGACUUCAAGCUGCAAGUGCAGCUCAGCCAGGUGGAGCUGCUGGCAGAGCUGCAGGGCUCCAGGUUUGACGGUAACUUAUAUACAUACACAGAACCCAAAGAUGAGCCGGCUAUGGAGGAAGACUGGCCCAGCGAGCCCGGUGAGGGUCUUGUGUCGCCGGAAGAGCCUGCAAUGAAAGUAGAGAUGUUGGACGAAGACAUAUUGGAGGAUGACAUACUGCUGUCAAUAAUCAAAGACGAGUCCUCACCGAAGGCGUAUGCCUCGGCCCAGUUGGAGCGCGUACGGAAGGAAAUGCGCGCGCGCCGCCCCGACCCCACCCCCCGCCCCUUUCAGUGCCACGACUGCGGCAGUCGCUUCCGACUCAAGAAGGAAAUAAGCAGACACGUACAAUAUAACUGCGUCGAAGGCCCUCUAGCGUUCAAGAACAGAAACAUGAAACGAUACAGCUGCUCGCACUGCACUUACACGAGCAGAAACACGCGCAAUCUACACUUUCACGAGUUGAGGCACAGGGGGGAGAAGCCAUACCGGUGCGACAGCUGCGACUACAAAACUACUCGGAAAGGGGAUUUCGAGAGGCACCAGAGCAUUCAUACUGGCGAUAAACCUUUUAAGUACAGUUCAGCCGGAUACAGUGCUUACAGCAACAUCAUAGAAAGCGUCACCUGA